AUGGAGACAGAGACGCCUCUGGUCGUGCAGGACCUCAUGUCGGAGCCCGUGCCCAUCGGCUACGCGGUCCUCGAGGAGCAGACCACCACACAGGCGCACCACCACCACCACCACCACCAGCAGCAAGAUGAAGAAGAAGAGGUGAGGGAGGAAGCGCCUGUUGUGGACGAAGUGGUGGCGGUGGCCGACGAGGCGGCGGCGCCCACGCCCGUCGUGUUGGUGAGCGACACCACCACGACAGCCAACGAACAAACUUCUUCAGAGCCGAUGGUGCUCGAGGAGGAGGAGGAGGCAGAGGCCGCUGCGACGACGAGUGGGGCGGAGCUGACGCCCGACGACGACGUGGUGGUGAUGCGGGCCGUUCUGUCGCAGGACCUCGAGCCGCCCGCGCGCAUGCCGCUCAGCCCCAAGGGCCCCAAGCAGCCGCAGCCGCAGCGGGACGAGGCAGACGCGACGGCGGGAGCGGCGGUGGCGGAGGCGGGCGCGAAGCGUGCGUUCGAGGCGAAGCGGCGGCUGGUGGAGGGGGUGUUCUCGGGCGGGGCGAAGCGGCCGGCCUACCGGGAGGAGGGCGACGACGGGAGCGAGGCGGCCAAGCGGCUCCUCGAGGAGAGCCAGCGCGAGGCGGAGAACGCGGAGAAGGAGGCGGAGGACAUCGAAGACGAAAUCCGACGGCUCGAGCAGGAGCUCGCCGAAGAAGAGGACGAUGACGACGACGACGAUGUCGAAGACGAAGACGACGUCGACGCUGGCGAUGAUGAUGACGAAGAGGAAGAGGAAGAGGAGCCACUAACACCACCUCGACCGGAAACUGUUGGUCGCCCUUGCUGUUCCUUGGGUUCGAUCUGA